GUAACUAAGGAGAUCGCAGUUGUGUUUAGGAAAGAUGUCCUUCUUUCUAGACGCUAUCUCGAAGCUGGUCAACAAAAUGAACACAGUGUAAAGAUAGCACUAUAUCUCAACAUCAUUACCCUUCUUCCCCGUACGACCGUCCUAAAUACUUCCGAAAAAUGCAACUGAAGUAUCUCAAAACACUAUUGAUACCACAGGACGGUGCUGCCAAAGUGACGUGCAUGGCCUGGGCACCGAAUAACACCAAGUUCGCAGUGUGCACGGUCGAUCGAGUGGUGCUGCUCUAUGAUGAGCAGGGGGAAAGGAGGGACAAGUUCUCCACCAAACCCCUAGACUCCAAGUACGGAAAAGACAGCUAUGUUGUCAAAGACAUGGCCUUUUCUCCGGACUCCACCAAAAUCGCCAUCGGCCAGUCCGACAACAUCAUCUUUGUCUACAGAAUUGGGGAAGAGUGGGGCGACAAGAAAGCCAUUUGCAACAAAUUUGUUCAGACUAGCGCGGUGGCUUGUCUGCUUUGGCCUGCUGAGCAUGCAGUUGUUUAUGGAUUAGUGGACGGGAAGGUUCGCCUCGCCAACACUCAGACAAACAAGUCAUCGACCAUCUACGGGACCGAGUCCUGUGUCGUCUCACUGGCAUCCAAUGUUUCCGGUAAAGGCAUCCUCUCAGGCCACGCCGACGGGACGGUCGUGCGUUACUUCUUCGACGAUGAAGGCUCAGGGGAGUCUCAGGGUAAGCUGUUGACGCACCCGUGCUCGCCUUACGCCCUGGCCUGGGCCGCGAGCAGCAUCAUGGUGGGCGGCUGUGACAAGAAAGUGGUGGCCUACGGCAGAGAGGGCCACGUCCUGCAGACCUUCGACUACGGCCGCGACCGGACCGAGCGGGAGUUCGGCGUGGCCGCCACCAGCCCCAGCGGGCAGUCGGUCGUGUUCGGCAGCUACGACCGGUUGCGGGUGUUUAACUGGGCUCCCAGGAGAGGCGCGUGGGAUGAAGCCAAGCCUAAAGAGAUCGUCAACCUGUACACCAUUACCAGCUUGGCGUGGAAGAAAGACGGAUCACGCCUCUGCGCUGGAACACUGUGUGGGGGAGUGGAGCUGUUUGAUUGCUGCUUGCGAAGAGUCAUCUAUAAGAACAAGUUUGAGAUGACCUACGUCGGGCUGAGCCAGGUGAUAGUGAAGAACCUCUCCACAGGAACGCGGGUGGUCCUGAAGUCCAACUAUGGCUAUGAGAUAGAAGAAGUCAAGAUCAUGGGCAAGGAUCGCUACCUGGUGGCCCACACCUUCGAUACUCUUCUUCUGGGAGACCUGCUGACCAAUAAACUGAGCGAGGUGCCAUGGCCCGGUUCAGGAGGAAACGAAAAGUUCUUCUUUGAAAAUGAAUCAGUGUGCAUGAUUUUUAACGCCGGGGAGCUGAGUCUGGUGGAAUACAGUAGCAACGAGAUCCUGGGAUCAGUCCGCACCGAAUUUAUGAACCCUCACCUCAUCAGUGUCCGGCUGAAUGAGAGGAAGCAGAGAGGAGUGGAAGACAACAAGAAGCUUGCGUAUCUGAUCGAUAUGAAGACCAUUUGCAUCGUGGACUUGGCCGCAGGCUGCAAUCUGGGAACCAUCAGCCAAAACUCCAAGAUUGACUGGCUGGAGCUCAAUGAAACGGGACACAAACUGCUGUUCAGGGACAAGAAGCUGCGGCUCCAUCUCUAUGACGUAGACACGGGCACAAAGACCACGCUGCUAAACUUCUGCUCCUACGUCCAGUGGGUGCCUGGCAGCGACGUGGUGGUGGCUCAAAACAGGGGAAACCUCUGCAUCUGGUACAGCAUCGACAGCCCGGAGAGCAUCACCAUGUUCCCCAUCAGGGGAGACAUUGUGGAUCUAGAAAGAGCCGAGCAGAAGACGGACGUGAUCGUGACAGAGGGCGUCAAAACGGUGACGUACACCCUGGACGAAGGCCUCAUUGAGUUUGGCACCGCCAUCGACGACGGGGAUUAUGACAGAGCCACAGCAUUCCUUGAGACUCUGGAAAUGUCUCCAGAGACUGAAGCCAUGUGGAAGACCCUCAGCAAACUGUCUCUGGAGACUCACCAGCUGCACAUCGCAGAAAGGUGUUCUGCUGCAUUGGGGGACGUCUCGACUCUGCGUUUCCUCCACCAAACAAACGAGAUCGCCGACAAGGUUUCACAGGAAAUGGGAGGAGAUGGAACAGCGUUUUUCAAAGUCCAAGCCCGCGUGGCGAUGCAGGAUAAGAACUUUAAACUGGCUGAGAUGCACUACAUGGAGCAGAAUUCCAUUGAUGAAGCGAUAGAGAUGUACCAGGAGCUCCACAUGUGGGACGACUGCAUUGCCGUGGCUGAAGCAAAGGGCCACCCGGAGCUGGACAGCCUGCGCGGGAGACACUACCAGUGGUUAACGGAGACGGGUCAGGACGAGAAGGCCGGCGAGGUGAGGGAGAGCGAGGGAGACCUCCAGGGGGCCAUCAACCUCUACCUGAAGGCCGGACUGCCGGCUAAAGCCGCCCGGCUGGCCAUCGGCCACGCGCAGAUCACCAACAACAGCGACACCGUCGGCCGCAUCGCCGCCAGUCUCAUCAAAGGAGAGUUUUACGAGAGGGCAGGAGAUCUGUAUGAGACCAUAAGAAACAACCAGAGAGCUUUGGAGUGCUACUGCAAAGGAGGUGCUUUCAGGAAAGCGGUGGAGCUGGCUCGCCUCGCAUUCCCCGCUGAGGUGGUGAAACUGGAGGAGACCUGGGGAGACUACCUGGUCCAGCAGAAACAGAUGGACGCCGCCAUCAACCAUUUCAUUGAAGCAGGCUGCUCACUUAAAGCCACCGAGGCGGCCAUCGCUGCGCGCCAGUGGAAGAAAGCCGUCCACAUCCUGGAGUUGCAGGAAGAUUCAUCAGCAGUGAAAUACUACGUGAAGAUAGCUCAGUACUACGCCUCCAUGCAGGACUACGAGGUGGCAGAGCAACUGUUUGUGAAAGGAGGUCACCUCAAGGAUGCUAUAGACAUGUACACCACAGCGGGACGCUGGGAAGAGGCUCAUAAGUUGGCAGUGGAGUGUAUGACGGAGGAGGAGGUCAUGGCUCUGUACAUCAGCAGAGCUCAGGAACUGGAGAGAGAUGGGAAGUUCAAGGAGGCCGAGAGGCUAUUUGCCACAGUGAAGCAGCCUGACCUCGCCAUAACCAUGUACAAGAAGAACCGGAUGUUUGACGAUGUCAUUCGCCUGGUGGCUAAACAUCACCCUGACCUGCUCACAGAGACCCGCGUGCACCUGGCCAAGGAGUUGGAGGCUGAAUCCAGGUUCUCGGAGGCAGAGUACCACUUCAUAGAGGCUGAAGAGUGGAAAGCUGCUGUCCACAUGUACAGAGUCAACGAUAUGUGGGAGGAAGCAUACAGGGUGGCUAAGAGCCACGGAGGGGCUGCAGCCCAGAAGCAGGUGGCCUACCUGUGGGCUCGGAGCCUGGGAGGAGAGGCGGCCGUCAAGCUGCUCAACAAGUUCAGCCUCCUGGAAUACGCCAUUGAGUUCGCUUCAAAUAACUUCUCAUUUGACUUUGCCUUAGAUUUGGCUCGCCUUUCCAACAAGGAAAAGAUCCCUGAGAUCCAUCUCAAACACGCCAUAUUCCUGGAAGAUGAGGGAAAGUUUCCGGAGGCCGAGGUUGAGUUCAUCAAGGCAGGAAAACCCAAAGAAGCCGUGCUCAUGUACAUCCACAACAAGGACUGGGCCAGUGCGCAGCGGGUGGCGGAGGGCCACGAUCCAGACACCGUUUCUGAGAUCCUGGUCAGCCAAGCCAAGUUUUGCUUUGAACAGAAAGACUUCCUGAAGGCUGAAGCCUUCCUGCUCCGAGCCCAGAGACCCGAACUCGCUGUUAAAUAUUACAAGGAUGCAGACCUGUGGAGUGAUGCCAUGCGGAUCUGUAAGGAGUAUCUCCCCAACAAGCUCUCCAUGCUCCAAGAGGAGUACGAGGAGGAGACCUCCAAGAAGGGAAUCCGAGGUGUGGAAGGCCUGCUGGAACAGGCCAAGGAGUGGGAGCAGUCAGGUGAACACUCCCGGGCCGUGGAGUGUUACCUGAAGGUGAAGGACGACGCCGACGCUGCACUGAUGGAGAAGUGCUGGAUGAAGGCUGCAGAGCUGUCCAUCAAGUUCCUCAGCGGAGAUCGAGCAGUGGAGGUGAUCCGGUUGGUCGGACCAAAGCUCACAACGCUGAAGAAGUACAACGCCGCUGCUGAGCUUUACCUGAACAUGAACCUCAUCAAAGAGGCGAUCGACGUUUUCAUUGAGGGCCAUGAAUGGAACAAAGCCAAGCGAGUGGCCAAGGAGCUGGAGCCCAGGUAUGAGGACUAUGUGGACCACAAAUACAAGGAGUACCUUAAGAACCAAGGCAAAGUUGACACUCUGGUGGCCGUGGAUGUCAUGGCAGCACUGGACAUGUAUGCAGACAGAGGCCAGUGGGACAAAUGUCUGGAGACGGCCUCUAAACAGAACUUUAAGAUCCUCCAUAAGUACGUCGCUCUGUACGCCUCACACCUCAUCCAGGAGGAAGACGCUCCGAAGGCUCUGCAGCUCUACGUCCAGCACGGAGCGCCACCCAACCCUCAGAACUUUAACAUCUAUAAGCGACUGUUCCUGGACCUGAUUAACCUCCCCGACACGGACGGACCGGAGUCUUACCAGAUGUGGGCCGACCUUCGCAAUUUCCUGCUGCAGCUGUGUGAGAACAUGUCCCGGUCGGCAGAAGCCAACUCUCCAGCUCACGAAGAAUUCGAGCAGAUGCUGCUGAUCGCCAACUAUUACGCCACACGAUCUGCCGCCAAAGGAGUCGCUCAGCUGGUCAGUCUGGCAGCCAAGUUGUCCGUGUCUCUGCUGCGUCACACUGAGCUCGUUCCUGCAGACAAAGCGUUCUACGAGGCCGGCCUGGCCUGCAGGGAUGUCGGCUGGGAGAACAUGGCCUUUAUCUUCCUCAAUCACUUCCUGGAUCUGUGUGACGCGGUUGACGAGGGGACGCUGGACGCACUGGACCACUCGGACUUCCUGGACACCGACAUUCCCUUCGAGGUUCCAGUUCCCAGCAAACUCUGCGUCACUGACACGCAGCGGGAGCAGAUCCGUGACUGGGUGCUGAUGGUGUCCAUGGACAAUCGGUUGGAGCAGGUGCUGCCGCGUGACGAGCGGAACAUGUACGAGGCCUCGCUGGUGGCCGCCAACACCGGGAUCCGCUCUCUGCCCUGCGUCCUCACCGGCUACCCGGUGCUGAGAGAUAAGAUCGAGUUCUCUUCUGUGGGGAAAGUAGCCAUCAAGAAAGACUGGAAUAAAUUCCUCGUGGCCACAAAGACGACUCACAGUUCAGAGUGUCAGGACGUCCUCAAGUUCAUCAGCCACUGGUGUGGCGGCCUGCCGGCGUCCGGGUUCUCCUUCAGCUGAUACACACCCACAGACACACACACACAAAAGGCUAUUUCUCCACCAUAUAAACAUUUAUUUAUUCAAGAAAGAGGAAGUAGCGCGCUUGUAUUUUCAACGCAGAUGGAUCAGCGUAUGCUGGAUAACUCCAAAGGUUCCUAACGGAUUUGAAAGAGAAAUAGUUUCUAGCAGAUGUUUGUGAUACUUUGAUAUGUUUGACUUGUACUCAACAGAUAUUUAGAGUGACUGUUCAAUAACGGCUGUUUUUUCUCUGUGUUUGCUUAAAACGCUGGCAUCCCUGCAAAUGCCUUUAUUGUGUCUUUGAUAUGGAAUGUAUUUUGUUAACAAAGUAAAAUAAAAGUUAGUUUUCAAGUAUUUUCCCAC